AUGAUGGCCGAAAGAGCCGCAAGAAAGGGGAUUUGGUCUCUGAAGAGGGUAAAUUGGCCCUUUCACUUACGCCGCAUAGGCCUCCGUCUUGAUGGGCGUUCUGCAGAAGACCUUCGGAGAUGGGAUGGUCUGGUCGGGGUUGUAUCCACAGCCGAUGGAAGCGCCUAUCUUUCCCAGGGCCAAACCAAGGGUGCAACAGAGUCCUCCAAAUCAUCCUAUUUGAAGCCAAAAGUUUCGGUCAAUAUUUCCUGGAACACGGCCACUUUUAGCGACGCCGAGCAAAGAUCCAGGCCUCGGCUGCUAAACCAUCUCGUAAAAGAGGGCUCAUCGGCGAGGUUUCAAGCAAAAUCUGCCCCAGAUAGAAGAAUAAUCUCCUUCAUUUCAGCCAUCAAAGAUUGCUUGGAGAAUGCAAUCAUAGCAUCGGCUCUUCCAAAUGCUCAUAUUGAUGUCCAUGUAAAUGUUCUCUCUUCUGACGGCUCGGUCCUUUCCUGCGUUACAAAUGCCAUUUCACUUGCCCUGAUGGAUGCGGGCCUUCCAAUGUUAGAUGUCAUUUGCGCCGUUAGUGUGGGGCUGGCAACCCUUCCCUCUGCAUCUACGAUGACUGCAGGCAAGGCAGGGCAAGCUCAGCAGCUAUUGGCGAGGGAAUACUUACCUAUUGUAGAUAUUUCAGGGCAGGAAGAGCUUGGAUAUAUGCUGCCGGUUUUGACAUGUGCAUUUUUGCCGAGGAAAAAUGAAAUGGCCUUUUGCCACUUGGAGUCAAGAAUCUCGCUCUCCGAACUCGCUCAGAUGACUCAAGCUGCCGAAAAGGCCGCUUCAGAGAUCCAGAUCCGAUUGAAGGAAAUUGUGAUCAAGCGAUACUCAUAA